AUGGCUUCAAGUGUACCCAGGAAUCAAAUUUUAUCACUGUAUAAGGCAUUAAUGAAGGAGUCUCAGAAAUUUUCUAAUUACAAUUUCAGAGCAUAUGCCAUAAGAAGAGUGAGAGAUGCAUUUAAAGAGAGCAAGUCACUAUCGGACCCUAAAUUGAUUAAAAAAGAAUUUGACUUUGGUAAGGAGAAUUUGGAAAUCAUCAAGCGUCAGGUGGUUAUUGGUGAUAUGUAUAAAAUUGAGAAACUUGUUAUUGAAAAUACGCGA